AUGGAUCUGUACAAUUAUGGCUCAGCAAGUUUUGGCCGUGCUAAUGGCAGUCCUUUGAGCCAUUCUCCCAUCAUCAACUACAGGAAGGAUGCUAAAAAGGGCGUCAAGUUCACAUUUAUGGUUGUUGGCGAGCUGGGCACGGGCAAAACCACGUUUAUCAACAGUUUACUAGAUCGAAAAGUGUUGAACCACAGAUAUGAAAAGAGCGGGGCCGGCUUGGCCAACAAGAGCGAAAACACCAGGAUUUUGAGCUUCACUUCAGCCAAAUCGGUUGCCUUGCCCAACACGUCGAUGUUGACCCGACACGAGUUUAACCCUUCGACAAUAAACGAAGAGCCCGGUAUCGCCUUGACCGAGACCAAGGUUGAGAUUGUUGAAGACGAAAACUUGAAGGUCUUGCUCACUAUAGUUGACACGCCCGGGUUUGGUGAAAAUUUGAAUAAUGAAAUUUGUUUUGUGGAGAUUGAAAAUUACUUGAAACAGCAAUUCGACCUAGUCUUGGCAGAGGAGACUAGGAUCAAGAGAAACCCUAGAUUUACAGACACAAGAGUCCACGUUAUGCUCUAUUUUAUUGCGCCUACGGGACACGGAUUGAGGGAAAUUGACAUUCAAUGCAUGAAGCGUUUGUCGAAAUAUGUCAAUAUCAUCCCAAUCAUUGCCAAGGCCGACUCUUUUACUAGAAAAGAGUUGCAGUUUUUCAAACACCAGAUUCGAGUUGACAUUGAACGGUUCAAUGUACCUGUUUUCCAGUUUGACAAUUUUCUCAAUGACUAUGACGAAGAAGAAGAUUAUGACUUGAUUCGCGAGUGUAAAUUCUUAUCGGGCCUCCAGCCCUUUGCGAUUAUAACCUCGGAAAACGAUUUGGAAGUUCGGGACAAUAAAACCGGUCAGGCCAAGUACAUCAAGGCUAGAACGUAUCCAUGGGGAUUUGUGGAUAUAAACGACACCAGUGUUAGCGAUUUCCCCAUCUUGAGAUCGGUCUUGUUGGGUUCACACUUGCAAGAUUUGAAGGAUUUGACCCACGACUUUUUGUAUGAAACCUAUAGAACCGAGAGAUUAACUAAAGUCACUGGCGGCGGUGCCGUGGUUGAUGAAGACAGCGCAGAGGAUCACGAGUUUCAUGAUACAGUUGAACACCACACCCAAGAUGGUGGAGCACUAGCAGGCGGUGCCGCGAUCCCAUCGUUAUCGAAUCUAGCGAGACUUACCGAUGCCGAUGGGCACAAGCAGAGCAAUGGUCAUUUACACAAUGACAGUCACUCGGUAACAUCUUCGGGCUCUUCGAUCAAGAAGUCUUCAUCGAUGUUAUUGGAAGAAGAAGAGGGAGCGUCAGCUUCGUCUUCGCCUCAAUUGAAAAACUACACAACAAACUUUACACCCAGCACGUCGACGAUAUCGGUGGAGGAUAGGGCGCCAAACAGCAGCACGUUCAAGAGGCUCUCGAUUGGGCCCCAGCGUAACCAAUUGCGCCAAAUCUCGGAGACCGUGCCCUAUGUGUUGAGACACGAGAGAAUCUUGGAGAGACAGCAGAAGUUGGAAGAGAUGGAGAUGGCAAGCGCCAAAGAGUUGGCCAACAGAGCAGCUCUUUUGGAGAAGAAGGCACAGGAGUUGAAACAAAAGGAGAAGGAAUUGAUGAGACUGUUGGAGUUGGCAAGAAAGAAUAAGCUCACUCAAUCGGAAAUGGUGAUUGCAAGGGGCAACGGCAAUGAGCCCGUUGAAUCCGACUGA